UCUUAAUCUGCUAAAUCUUCUCUCCCCACCCUUUCUCUGUCACAACUGGCGAACAGCCAUGGCACCCACCCACACCACACCGCCUCCAUGCUUCUAACAAGACCAUCUCUUUCUCUCUCGUCGAGUUUGCCUCUUCAAGGUGACCAUGCCGAAGAUCUAGAAGAUUCUCCUCCAAACUCUCCCAAUCAUUCCACUCUCAAGGUAUGGACAAUCUAUUUCUCUUUCUCUCUCCGUCUCUCUCUCUCUCUCUCUCUCUUAAGUCCACCAACACAAACCUUCUUGUGCCUCCUCCACCGUCACCCUCUGUUGCAACUCGGAAUCACUCCUCCAAACCCACCAAACACCAAUCAACUAGUCUCACUAUUUUUUCGCCAAGCAAACUCCCAACAUCUCCUAUACCCAUCUCUAUCUCUCUCUCUCUCUUUCUCCCUCUCCAUUGCUCUGCUUCUUACUCUCGCGAAUACACCACCACUCCACCUGCCUCCACGAAAUGCUCUCUCUAAUUCUCUCCUCCAUCGAUUUCUCUUUGUUUUAUUUUUUAAUUGUCAUAUAUAGUUUAGUUUUUCAUUGGAUUGAAUUAUGGGUUUGUAAUGGGUUGAAGUGAAAUUCUAUGGCUGAUUGACUGAAGUGGCAUCAUGGUGGCAGUGUAGAGAGGUGGUGGGUGUAAAUUUGUGGCAAUGGAAGAGACAUUGUGGGUUACCUUUUUGUGGUUUAUUUGGAUUUUGAAUUGACUGAAUUAAUUGGGUUAAAUCAUGUGUUGACUAUGUGCUGAAUUGAGAUUUUACAUCUAUUUUUUAUUU